CCCCAAUGGGUUGACGCCCACCCAACUUGCUGUGGCACGUAUGUAGCAGGCACGUGAGAAGCAGUUCUUCAAAAACCCUGCUAUAAGUAUAGGCGAAACCCUAAUUUUUCCGCCAUAAACCCUAAACCUUUGUCUGGUAUUUGCUGAAACUCUCGGGAGUGAGUGAGUGAGUGAGUGAGUUCUUGAGAGGGACAGAGAGAGAUGGGAAGCGACAGCGAAGCAGAGAGGUCAGCGCACAAGGAGAAGGAGAAGAAGAAGUUGUCGGCUUUGGCUCCAAUUGCCAAACCCCUCGCUGGCAAAAAGCUUUGCAAGCGUACCCUCAAGCUCAUCCGUAGAGCUGCUGAGCACAAAUGCUUGAAGAGAGGAGUGAAGGAGGUGGUUAAAGGUAUCAGAAGGGGGGACAAGGGAUUUUGUGUUAUAGCGGGGAAUAUCACUCCUAUUGAUGUCAUUACUCAUGUUCCUAUAUUAUGUGAAGAGGCUGACAUACCCUAUGUGUAUGUUCCCUCAAAAGAAGAUCUUGCAAAUGCAGGCUCCACUAAGAGGCCAACAUGUUGUGUUCUUGUGCUAACCAAGCCCACCAAGGGAGAACUUGGCCAGGAGGAACAAGAAAAAUUAAAGGCAGAGUACACCCAGGUUGUAUCUGAUGUAUCUGGGCUGACUUCCACCCUUUUCUGAAGUGCAAAACAACUGCUGCGCAUAUUAUUAAUGUACUAAAUUUUGGUUGAUAUAACAUUUAGUUGUUCAUGCAUCGUUUGAAGUGGGAAAUAGACAAAAGCAUUGCUUUAUAUAUGUUAGAAAUGUGUUGUUGACUGGGAAA